CUUCUGCGAGUGUCAAACGUAUAGUGACACAAUGGAAAUAUUUUUGAUUGCCGUUGCCUGUCUCUCAGUGAUAGUCACAUUCAAACUAUUACAAAAAAUCCAUAAAUAUUAUUCAUGGCGGCAGAAAAUCAACGAAAUACCGGGUCCGAGCGCGCGUUUCCCAGUUAUCGGUAUGUCAUGGGAGAUUAUCAAGGUCAAUCAAGAAGAUCGGCUCCGAUGGUUUCACAAAUUAGCAACUCGAUACAAAAAUGGAGUUUUCAGAAUAUGGAUUGGGACUGAUCCAGUGAUUCAUCUCAACACACCUGAGUAUGCUGAGAUCAUGCUUCGGAGUACAAAACAUAUUGAUAAAUCGAUGAUCUAUGAGUACAUGGAGCCAUGGUUAGGAAAGGGGUUAUUGACUUCAUCAGGAGAAAAAUGGUUCCACGAUCGAAAAUUGAUAACUCCAACUUUUCAUUUUGGAAUUCUCGAGGAUUUCGCAGAGGUAAUGGUAGAAAAAGCUGGUAUACUAAAUAAACGGUUGAGAGAGCAGGUACAAUUGCAUGGUUCUAAACCAUUCGACGUAUUCACUAUGACUGGGAAAUGUGCACUGGACAUUAUCUGCGAAACUGCAAUGGGAGUGAACGUCGAUGCUCAGAGCGAAGUUGAGAAUGAAUACAGUCAGGCUGUUGAGCGUAUAUCAACGGACGCAGUGGAUCGUAUGAUGCGCCCCUGGCUUAAACUGGACUGGAUUUACUACCACACAGAGAUGGGCAAACAAUACAAGGCUGCCAUCGAAACAACACACAGGAAAUGUACUCAUGUGAUUGAGCAGAAACAAGCUGAGCGGCAGCGAAGAUCGAAAAUCGUUGAUGCUACUGAGGAUGCAGAUCAAGAAAUAAGGAAAAAAACGAGACGGGCAUUCUUGGAUUUACUACUCGAGGCCAGUGAAAACACCGUAAAACCGUUGACAAUCGAGGAAAUACGAGAGCAAGUGAACACUUUUAUGUUUGCGGGUCAUGAUACAACAGGUGCACUACUGAGUUGGGCUUUAUUCUGCAUUGGGAAUGAUGAGAAAGUGCAGAACAGUAUUCAUCAAGAGCUGGACGAAGUUUUUGGUGACUCGAAUGAACCAGUAACUACGAAACAAGUUCAACAGUUGAAGUAUCUGGAGAGAGUUAUAAAAGAAGUCUUGAGAUUGUUUCCAAGCGCCACAACAGUCAGCAGAAGCUUAUCUGAGGAUUUGCAAAUUGGUCCCUACACUGCACCGCCAGGAUGUACACUGGCGUUACAAAUUUACAAUAUUCAUCGGGAUCCAAAUCACUGGCUGAAUCCAGAGCAAUUUGAUCCUGAUCGCUUUUUACCAGAAAAUUCGAGAGGCCGACAUCCGUAUAGUUGGAUACCUUUCAGUGGUGGCCUGCGGAAUUGUAUUGGUCAAAAAUUUGCCUUACUGGAGGCUAAAAUUGUACUGGCCGAAAUACUCCGCAAGUGGAGGGUCAAAAGUCGAGAAAAUCAUGAUAAUAUUAAGUUAUAUAAUGAUAUUAUAUUGAGGCCACAUGAGGGCAUUUUCAUGAACUUUUAUCCGCGAAGUCUUACGUAAAUGAUGAAAUGAUGGUCGAUUAAUUUGGUGUACGAGGGUUGGAGUAGGUUUGCCUCGACGGCAGAUUUCAAAUUUUCCAAAUGUGUCCGAAAAAUUUGUAAACAUUUGCCUAAUCAGUAUGAUUUAAUUGAUAUUUUGCAUCAGAUUAAUAUUUUUUUGAACAUUUUUUUUUCAUAAAUACAUAAUAGAAGUUGGUUAAAAACAGAUAAUGAUUAUUUAUUGAAAGUUAAGAAAUUUUCUUGAUAUUUUACGUUCAAUGAAACCCUCUAAAUCGAAUUCAAUGUUACUCCCCUGAAAAUUACUCAAGUUCCAAACUUUUGAAAUUUUCACCAAUGUUCAUCAUGUGUAUGAUACUAUUAAUGGAAAAAAACUCAUUUUUCUAGUGAACCGUGAAGCGUGUUAUUUUUCAAGGACACACGAUGAAUUUCAAUUAGUUGAUGUAUAGUUUGAAAAGAAGCUGACAAUCAAAUUUACUAUAAAAUAUUGUUUAUUCAAUGAAGUGAUUCUUGUUGAUGCAAAUGAUUUAUAGAAAUACAAUUAAUUAAAAAUAAAUAGAUUAUCGAAUACAUAAUAACAAUAUCACGUAAUAACUGACGCUCUUGGCAUCCCUACGAGUGUUCAGAAUCUCGAAAAUACUCGAUUUCUACGCAAAUAGUGAAACAACAAUUCAAGAACAAUGGAGGUAGCAACAAAUGCAUGAGAAAUAAUAUGAGAAUGGAAUAUCUACAAAAUAUUUACUUUGAAAUUCGACAUUUCUGUCUGGUUAUCUGAGGUGACGUCGUGCCGUUGCUGCUGCUAUUGGUUAAUAUUAAAUAAAUGAAAUCCUUGAAUGGAUGACAAUGUCUGCUGGCUGAA